AUGAUACGCAAGGGGCCAUCAGAUAACUUUCUAUUCAAAAUCAAGGGUCCGAGUCGUCAUAGCCUUCUGCGAUGGGUGCGCCUGAAAUUCCUCGGUGUUUCUACAGAUAAAUGUAUGUUAGUACCGAUACAAACGGAUUAUAUGGGACGGAGAAAAGACAGAGCCAGGGAAGAUGUUGUCAAGACCGCUUAA